GCACCUGGAUGGUACCUCCCGCCGGCGACGCGGGCACUUUCUGAACUAGGAAGGAAGGGGCGACUGGGGGGGCGGGGGGGCGCCGAAGUCUGUAUGGAAUUACCUGCGCCCGCGGCGGAGCUGGCGGCGGUGGAUGGAUGGGCGCCGCGUCCGCGGCACUCGCGGCCAGCUGAGCCCCAGGAGUAAACACGGGGCUUCUCCGGCCGAGUGCGCAGUGUGGUGACCGGCACUCGCCUCGCUGACUGAUCGCACCGGAGGAAUAUUUCGGGAGACUCCUGUGGGAAGCAGCCACGGAAGCACAGAAGAUGAAAGCUCCUAUUCCCAACUUGAUUCUCUUGUAUGCUACUCUGACUCAGAGCUUGAAGGUUGUAACCAAAAGGGGAUCAGCUGAUGGAUGCACUGACUGGUCUGUGGAUUACAAGAAAUAUCAAGUUCUAGUGGGAGAACCUGUUCGUAUAAAGUGUGCACUCUUUUAUGGAUAUAUUAGAGCUAAUUACUCCCUAGCCCAAAGUGCUGGACUUAGUUUGAUGUGGUACAAAAGCUCUGGACCUGGAGAUUUUGAGGAACCUAUAGCUUUUGAUGGAACCAGAAUGAGCAAAGAAGAAGACUCCAUUUGGUUCAGACCAACAGUGAUACAAGACAGCGGGCUCUAUGCAUGUGUUAUAAGAAACUCAACUUACUGUAUGAAAGUGUCCAUUUCGCUGACGGUGGGUGAAAAUGACACUGGACUCUGCUACAAUUCAAAGAUGAAAUAUUUUGAAAAAGCUGAACUUAGCAAAAGCAAGGAAAUCUCAUGUCCUGAAAUUGAGGAUUUUUUAUUUCCAUUUAGGGAGCCUGAAAUUCUGUGGUAUAAGGAGUGCAAGUCAAAGACGUGGAGAUCAAGUAUUGUGUUUAAAAAGGACACUCUUGUGAUUCGAGAAGUUAGAGAGGACGACAUUGGAAAUUACACUUGUGAGCUAAAAUAUGGAUUCUUUGUUGUCAGAAGAACCACGGAGUUGACCGUUACAGCACCAUUAACAGAUAAACCACCAAAGCUUUUACACCCCUUGGAGAGUAAGCUAACUAUUCAGGAGACUCAGUUAGGCGGUUCUGCUAAUCUAACCUGCAGAGCUUUCUUUGGAUACAGUGGAGAUGUCAGUCCUUUAAUCUACUGGAUGAAAGGGGAGAAGUUUAUUGAAGAUUUGGAUGAUAGUCGAGUCUGGGAAAGUGAUAUUAGGGUUCUCAAGGAACAUCUCGGGGAACAGGAGGUUUCCAUCUCGUUGAUCCUUGACUCAGUUGAAGAGGCAGACCUAGGAAAUUAUUCCUGCUACGUCGAGAAUGGGAACGGACGCCGGCAUGCCAGUAUUCUUCUACACAAAAGGGAGCUGAUGUACACAGUUGAGCUUGCUGGUGGGCUUGGUGCUAUUCUGCUGCUGCUUGUUUGUUUAGUGACUAUCUACAAGUGUUACAAGAUAGAGAUUAUGCUCUUCUACAGAAAUCAUUUUGGAGCUGAAGAACUAGAUGGAGACAACAAAGACUAUGAUGCAUAUCUAUCUUAUACCAAAGUGGAUCCUGACCAGUGGAAUCAAGAAACUGGAGAGGAAGAAAGAUUUGCUCUUGAGAUUCUACCAGAUAUGCUGGAAAAGCAUUAUGGAUACAAGUUGUUCAUACCAGACAGAGAUUUGAUUCCCACAGGAACCUACAUUGAAGAUGUGGCAAGAUGUGUAGACCAAAGCAAGCGACUGAUCAUUGUCAUGACUCCAAGUUACGUGGUAAGAAGAGGUUGGAGCAUCUUUGAACUGGAAACAAGGCUUCGAAAUAUGUUAGUCACGGGAGAAAUCAAAGUGAUACUGAUUGAAUGCAGUGAACUACGAGGAGUUAUGAACUACCAGGAGGUUGAGGCCCUAAAACAUACCAUCAAGCUCCUCACUGUCAUUAAAUGGCAUGGACCAAAAUGCAACAAGUUGAAUUCCAAGUUCUGGAAACGUUUACAGUACGAAAUGCCUUUUAAGAGGAUCGAACCCAUGACAAACGAGCAGGUUUUAGAUGUCAGUGAGCAGGGGCCCUUUGGGGAACUGCAGACAGUCUCUGCAAUUUCCAUGGCUGCUGCCACCUCCACUGCUCUUGCCACUGCCCAUCCAGACCUGCGCUCCACCUUCCAUAACACAUAUCAUUCACAGAUGCGCCAGAAACACUAUUAUCGAAGCUAUGAAUACGAUGUACCUCCUGCUGGCACCCUGCCACUUACCUCAAUAGGUAACCAGCACACCUACUGCAACAUCCCCAUGACACUUAUAAACGGGCAGCGGCCGCAGACAAAAACUAACAGGGAGCAGAACCCCGAAGAGGCUCACACAAACAGUGCCAUACUGCCCCUCUUGCCACGGGAGACCAGUAUAUCAAGUGUCAUUUGGUGACCGACACACAAGGGGCUGUCAACCCCCUUGAGUAGGAGCAGAGUCUGCAGUCUGGUGCCUGGAACUACAUCCUCGACUGCUGCUGUUAAACAUGCAUUACAAUCGAUAACAAACGAGGAAAAACAGGGUCUUGUACAUAUGUUUUUGCAAUUUCUUUGUAGCAUCAGUCUUCCUGUUUUACCCAUGUCUCUUCCCAUUCACAUUUUUGACUUUGUUUUAUAUGUCAUUGGAAUUUGUAUAUUUACAUUUUUUUUAAAUGAAGAGACUGCUGUAUAGAUAGGAAACUUUUUUGCUUCAUUAGUAUAGUUUUAGACUUUUUGUUUGUUUGUUUAUAACCUCUCUUGGGAAUGCUUGGACAAAGCUAUGUUGAUAUCAGAAGCACCAUCCAUUUUGUUGGCCUGCCUAGCCAUGCCUGCUGCAGCUCACCUCUUUCGGAGAGUUUUUGUUCUUAGAAGGACCCCAUUGCUCACUGAGAGCUCCAGUUUCAUUUCUACUCCCGUAAUGUGCACUGCUCCUUCCCUGCCCUUACAAAGACCCCCAUUUGGGGUAACACUACAGUCUGAUCAUCUAACAUGUAACUUGGUAGAUACCUGUCAAACAAGAGAAAAUACUCAAUCUGUAUCGGUUGCUUCACAGUAGUCACUAGAGUGUGUAGAAACUAUAGCCGGUUUGGUUUUUGCUUUUUUUGGGUUUAGUUUUUCUCUUAAUUCUUAUUUUAAAAAUGAGUUGGUUGUAUCCCUUUUAUAAAUAUGAAAGCAACCCUAUUUUUAACACGUCCUGGAAAAGUAUUUAUGUGGUUGUGGAUUUUAUUUUUUAAGCACUCAAUUUUUUUUCUUUCUCAACUUUCAAAAUCCUGCAAAUAAUAUUUGCAAAUGUCAGGCGAGUAAGACAAGUGAGGCAAUAGACACUGAAGUGCAGAGUCCUGCUGAUAUGUACAGUGACGACUUCCAAACCAAAGGGGAAUAAAAAAGACAGUAUUGUAGAUGGUUUGUCACUUUGUAUUAUAGAAAGUGUUAUUUUCAAAAAACAAAGUAAGAGCAAAACAUUAUUUUCCUGUGGAUUUCAGAGUCCCUUGUAUUUUAAUGUUCCAAAAACUGUAUUUGCUUUUAAAUGAUAUAUUCAAGAUUAAGAAAUCUUCUUUCAUUUGGUUUUAGCUUGUAACGAUAAAUAAAAUUUUAUUAAUUUCAACAUGAUUUCAGUAAGAACUCAGGCAGAAAAAAUGACGCGAAAUAUACCAGAAAUAUAAUUGUUUUCAGAAUAAACUUUAUUUAUACAAAAUUAAUAUUUAAAUCAGACCUGGAAGUAUUAAAAACAAUUUAUUCACUUUAAUGAAUAAAUAAAUUAGUUUUAUUUUUAUGUAUGAUUCUAUCUUUGAGGAGUUGCAAAUAAUGCAUGUACCAUGGCUGACAGGGAAGAAUAAAAGCCCACCUCUGCGUUUACAUCCAGACAUCUUUGAGACAAAUUAAACAAGCACCUUGCUCAUGUUUUAAGUAAAAGAAAGACCUUUCUGGUUUUAGAAAGAGAGAGGAGUGGUUCAGCUCUGCAAUAUAUUCAGGCCGAGCCCUCUGCUAGUCCCUGCUGGCAGAAGCAGAGGAGCUGGAGUGGAGUUACUGGUUGCAGCACACUGUCACAGAGCCUAGGGUUUGAUUUAGCCUGGCAGAAUGGUAACUGGUGUCCUGGCAAACAGACCUUAGAGUCUAUUUAUGUAGUUAAUUAGCUUUAGGCAUUUUUGUGGCAGCUGAAUGAGAUCAGUGAAUAUGAUGAUGUUGUGGGGUUUGCCCAUCAUGAUUGUCACAACAAGAAAAGUACAAGUUAUAAUACUUCGGUCUUUUUAAUGAGAAGUGAGUGGAGAAGCUGCAGUUUGGGGGAUGUUUGUGGGAGCAAUCCAGAACUGACAGUGUGGGAGGAAAUGACUGUGCUCCUGUUGUGAAAGUCAAAAAAUCUCAGUAUCUGCAUAAGAAGCUAAUAGACCUUCGAGGUGUGAACUGAUUUUUAGUUGCUUAAAAUGUUUAUUUCUCCGAGAUUAAGCUCAAGUCCUUUUCUACAAUCUGUUCUCUAUUGUAGUGUCUCUGGACAUGUGCCAAACAUCCACAAAAUGGAAAUUAGGCUGCCAGGUCACAUAAAAUUUUAAGAGAGCUUUGCACUUCUGCUUUAAGAAAGCUAUUAUUUAUUUGCUCUUACAGACACCUGUCAGGCAUUGAUGGCAUUUUCCUUCAUUCAUCUGGAUGCCUGUCCUGGUUUUCACUGGGCUGAGGUGGGGAGAAGGGGAGGGAUUGAGUGAAUGGGGUGUGGAGCUUAAUUUCCAUCUGGGCUUAAACCACAACAGUCCCAAAUACCCCAGGAUCCUCUGAAAGCAGUGUUGGGGUUUUUUGCCUCUUUACAUGCUCUGGUGUAAAGACUGGGAUGCAGAAUAAAUGUAGGAUGUAAUUAUUUGACCACAAUCACAUUUAAACAAUUGGCUUUUCUUAGCCACAUGGGAAGUACUUUUCUGUUCUUUUAUUUUUAGUGUAGAUUUAAGCACUUUGAAUAGCAUGAUUCAGGGAUUGACAAAUACUAUUUGAUAUUCUCACUACUUUAAGAAAGCUUUUUUCUUAUAAUGUUUUGUCAUAAUAUUAAAUAUAAGAAAAACAAACAAAACUAAAAAAAAAAAGAGAAGCAAACACAAAACCUGAAAUAAUGAAGAAGUUGUCUGUGACUUUAGAAACAUUCCUCCUUAGUAUUCCUCUUCUGUCAACAGCUCUGUGUGGGGAGCAGUGAAGGAAAGAGUUGUGUGUUCACAUGCUUUAUGUUUGACAAAAAUUCUGUUGGAAUGCAAAAUAAAAUAGAAGCAAACAAACAAACAAACAAAGAAACCAAAACCAACAAAAAGUGUCAUUGCCCUAGUGCUUAGGCCCCAUCAUUUUUGGUGAAGGUGUUUUGGUUUUUGACAAUGCAGCCUGAACCGUGCAUGCAAUAGCCACAUAUAAGGUUUAGCCAUAAGCAAAUAGCACUUUAUUUUUAAAAAGUUACAGUGUGAUGAUCAGAAAAACUUACUCUGCCUGGUCAAUAACUUUGGGUCUGUAUGUGGAUUCUAUGCACGUGAAUUACCCAAGUGUGGUGCUCUGUCUUUAUAAGGAUCUCUCUAAUGGUAGUCUGUGUUUAACAGGACUCUUGUUACACAGCUUGUGUAAAUUCAGUAUAUAGGCUCUCCAGACAGCAUAUCCAGCUGGACAGAAAUGGGAGAUUAUAUAGAAUGCAGCUAAUUAUUUUGAAGGCAAAAUGCAUUGCUGGGUCAGGUUCUGUUCUCAGUUACCGCGCUAUGAUUUGAGAGUAAAUCUAAUAAAUCUGAAUGAGUGCGAGAAUGAUUUGUGUGGGAGAAGAAAAUUGGAAAAGCAAAGAGAAAAGGAAUUCAUAUUUACAGUGUGUGACAAGCUGAAAUCUUGGCUGCAAGGAAAGGAACAGUAAAAUGCCUUUUGGAUUUUAGUGGGGACCCAGUUCUUACCUGGCAGCCAACAUCAAACACUUUCAACACGAUCUGGUUCAGAGUUCAAUGCUGUUAGGCUUAGAUGCAAAGUAAGAUCUCUCUAUUACUGCACAGCUGUGAAAACAAUGUUUAUUUUAAAUAGUGGGUGAUAAUCAGUUUCAAAAUAGUCAGAAAGCAUGUUAUACCAUCCUGAUCAAAAUUCACAAAUUUGUAUUCUGAUAUUGGGCAUUAAUGACCCAUUUAAAUUAUAGAUAGAAUGGUGAGAUUUGGGGGAAAGAGGCCUAGUAAACAGGAUUUCUUCAUUUUUAAACUAAAAAAAAGAAAGAAGGAAAAAAAAUCAAGCUAGCAAGCCUAAGAAGAGUUUAAUUAAAAUCCAAAGGAAGAAACACCACAGUAGUAAAGUAAGCUCAAAAAUACAACAAUGGCCAAUGGAGAAUAAAGGGCAAAAUACCCACUUGCGUUUUGACUGUAGUGUGGUUUCUUUUGUCAUGCAAAGCUCUGUACUCUGGCUGACCUACAUCAAACAAGUGGCUUUUUUGGAGGCCAUCCAGGGAGAUCAACAACACAAAUAUGUCCCCGUACGUCUAAUACACUUCCGAAUGAUUUUGUACUUGUUGAUAGUCUAGCACAGAGAGAUUUUUGUUUGUCUCCUACUGUUGUUAUAAAGAGGAUAGCAAAAAUGUCAGCACAAAAAAAAUCUCUGUAACAGACUUAGUUUAUUAACUAGAGUAACCAUAUUCCUUUAUUCCCACUCUCUAUCUAGUUUGUUGUUAUUAGAACACUUUUUCUAACCUGGCUGAGAAAUAGGUUAAAGUGUCUGGCAACACAAAAAAAAAUAUGUAAGCAACCUCAUAACAAUGAGUUUCCUUGUACUAUGAGGGUUGCAAAUUCCCUUGCUUUUUUAUUUUUUUUUUUUAAUAUAAGCACAUCUCUUCACCUCCUAAAUAGCCCACUGAGUGGAGGCUGAAGAACACCAUUGUAUCUUUGAUUUCAGAUUCACUGAAUCUAGCAUGGAUACUGAGCUGUUGUUUGUGAUGUAAUGCUGCUGGGCAAUUUGCCAUUGCCUCUGUCUCUAUUCUCCAAGACUUUGGCAGCAUCACACUUCACCAAACAGCCUUGAGUGGAUAUGCCAGAACUCAGAGUUGUCGCCCUGGGGAGCAAAAAUGAUAAAAUUAUUUCAAAAUGUUUCAUCUAUUAAGAGUUUUCUUAUGCCUUUUUUUUUUUAAUUCUGCUUAUAACAAAGUUUGACUUUUGCUCUGGACUAAUAAGCUCUGGGUGUAGCUUUAGAGUCCACAGGGUUAUGAAGUAGUUAAAGAAGAAAUUACAAAGGCAGGUCUGAUACCUUAUGUGGAAAACAUGCCAAUUCUGAAGCUAUUCAGUUUACUGAAAAAUGAGUAUAUUUUUAUUGGGGGUUUUUAAAGCAAAGUAUUCAACUUGUAAUUACAACCAGCAUCAUCCCAAAAGCUUAUUGGCAUUCUUAACAUAAAAUAGCUAAUACCUUGAAUAACAUAAUUUCAGAAACAUUCAGUAGUCACUUCAAAUAUUUUUAUUUGGGGAGACUAAGGGUUACAUGAUUCUCUAAGACCUAAGUGUUAAAUAAAAUUGAUUAUCUAGUACUGAGCUUAUAGAGAGUGCAAACAUUUUUUUAUUGAUCACUAGUAUUAGGAAAAUAAUUUGAAGUAAAUUUCAAGAGCUAAGAAUUUAAGGGAGGGAUUAUUGAUAUCUUUCAUAAAGGCAUCUCAACCAUCAGAAUACGUCAAAAUUAACAAAUUAGAAAAAAAUAAAAUAGAUGUCUUUUUUAACCUUCUCUUUCUCUGUUAAUCAAAUAUUAGCUCCCUCUCUGGCCUCCUCAAAAGUACAAACUCAUCCAGGAACAAUUAAUAGCUACUGAGCCCAUACUCUCACACACAUUUUGUGACAGAUAAAGAAGUACAAGCCAGAUCAGCAUGUCUACAACUGAGAAGCUCAGCAGAGAGGAAAGUGUGUUCCUGAGCAUGGAGGAGGAGGGCACAGGCCCCUUUGGCUGUGUUUAGUCACUCCUGUGUCAGGUGGCUGCAGAGGGAACUGUGGGCUCAAGGUACCACCACUGUCCUACCUGCUGUAGGCAGCACGCAGGGAAGGUGGGCAGCAAGUUGCUACUGAUGUCAAUGAAAAGAAACGUGAGGACUAUCAGAUGUAGAGGGUCAGAUACCCUAUGGCAAAGCUGGAGGAGCAGGAACAGCUGACAGUACUUCCCAUUUGCUCCAUGUUCAAAGUAAAUCCAGCACCGAGUAUAGAAAGAGGUCAGUGCCUCUUUGCUUAACUAAUUGCUGGGUUAGUGUGCAGUCCACUAAAUGACAGCUACAGGAGAUUGCCUUCUCAAU